AUGACCUUGUACAAAAAGCUGAGGGGGGCACUAAAUGUCAGUUUAACCCAGUUAAACCCGCACUUGGAAGCCCUCAAUGCAGAUUUAGCCCAGUUAAACCUGGACUUGGAGGAAGCCCUAAAUGUCAGUUUACCCCGGUUAAACCUGGACUUGGAAGCCCUCAAUGCAGGUUUAGCCCAAUUAAACCUGGACUUGCAAGCCCUCAGUGCAGGUUUAGCCCAGUUAAACCUGGACUUGGAGGAAGCCCUAAAUGUCAGUUUAGCCCAGUUAAACCUGGACUUAGAAGCCAAGGGGGAUCUUGCAAGCCCUCAAUGCAGGUUUAGCCCAGUUAAACCUGGACUUGGAAGCCGAGGGGGUCACUUGCAAUCCCUCAAUGCAGGUUUAGCUCAGUUAAACCCGCACUUGGAAGCCCUCAAUGUCAGUUUAGCCCAGUUAAACCUGGAUUUGGAAGCCCUCAAUGCAGGUUUAGCCCAGUUAAACCCGCACUUGCAAGCCCUCAAUGUCAGUUUACCCCAGCUAAACCUGGACUUAGGAGCCGAGGGGGCCCUGAGGACUCCCAGGCCGGUGGAACAGCCCGAGGAUGGCGGCUGGGGCGGGCAGGAGGGGCCAGGCCCAGCUCAGGCUCCCCCUGGCGCUCCCAUCCCGCUGCCCACAGCUCUGCACUCGCACUGCACUCGCCCCCUCCAACUGUAGCCACACUGCACCUGCCUCAGCUCCGAACCAAGCCGGGCUCAGGAACAGAUCAGGCGAGGAGGGCAAGGCCCCUUCCCGCAGGAUUUUAGGGGAAAUCUUCAGCAGAGAUGGGGAAAAGCCAGCGGGAAGGAGCUAACGCUGACCAUGUAGCAUUUCCACAGCACUUUGUUCAUGCAUCGUCGGUGCCCGGGGGCGCCAGUGCUCGCCGAGCUGUCGGAGCACAGGGAGGGGGAAUCGCUGCCAAGCCUCCAAAACCUUGCAGCAGCUCUGGGGGGAAAAAAAAAAGGAGCAAAAAGUGCAUUCCAGGCAGUUCCAUGCAGGAUAAGGACGGGGGGGUCCAUCAGCGGUACGUGGCUGCAGGACAGAACUCUUGGUACUUCUCUGCCCCUUUUUUGAUUUGUUUGGUUUUGUACAUUUUUCUUAGCAAAGGACUGUAUGAAAAUAGCCACUUAGCCACUUUACCUCUUCAGUAUGCAAAUGUACAUACGGUGUAAGAUAGGAAAUCUUUUGUUUAAUAUAAAAAACCAGGCUGUUGAUUUCUGCUGUACAUUAUUAAAAGUUUGUUUUAUUCA